AUGGCGGGGUCACUGGCAGCAGUCAAAAAGGAGUUGCGAAAAAAGAUACGGACUAUUCUCAGCCAGCUGUCUGAUGUGGCUGCUGCUUCGCAAACGGCCAAUGCCACUGCCACUCUGCUAGCCAUGCCCGAGUACCAGGCGGCACGUAGAAUCAGUGUCUAUCUAUCCAUGCCUGGAGGAGAAAUCUCCACAAUCGACAUUGUGCGCAAUGCCCUCAGCGAUGGCAAGAAGGUCUUCAUUCCAUACACGUACACUCUGGAUACGCCCGACCAAGGCCAACCAAAGUCCAUCAUGGAUAUGCUCGAGCUGCACUCGAUGACUGACUUUGACUCGCUUAAACCCGACAAAUGGGGCAUUCCAACUCCAAGCACAGAGUCCAUUUCAUCACGUGCCAAUUGCUUUGGCGGUACUGGUGUCACAAACGGCAAGACUGACGGCAUCAAAGACGGUCUUGAUCUGAUCGUCAUGCCCGGCAUGGCCUUUGACGCGCAGUUCGGCCGCCUUGGCCAUGGCAAGGGCUUCUACGACUUCUUCUUGACCCGCUGUCACCACGUAUCGCGCAUGCCUUUUCGCGUUGGUCUUGCCUUGACCGAGCAGCUCCUUCCGCCAAAUGAGUCGGUUCCCAUGGACUCUUCCGAUUUCCGCCUCGACGCCUUGAUCACCGGCGCUGGUGAGCUCCGUCGCGCAGGGGCUUGA